AUGUCGUCGGUCAAGAGAGCGCGCACGGAUGGCGGGGAGACGAGCGUGGUUGGGGGCCAUGAAAGCGCGAGAUCGAAGCUGUCGAAGCCGUUGGUCUACUCGGGCUCGCUCGACGGCUUCAAGCAUCAGGACGCGACGCCGGUGAUCGGCAGGGAGUUUGAAGGGCUUCAAGUGAAAGACCUGCUGAAACGGGGGGACGACAUGAUCCGAGACCUCGCCAUCACGAUCUCGCAGCGCGGCGUCGUCUUCCUCCGCGACCAAGACGUGACGCCAAACGAGAUGAAAGACUUGAUGCUCCGUAUCACGCAGCUCUCCGGCUGUCCCGACUCGUCCAGCCUGCACGUGCACCCGCUGACCGAAGAGGGCUCGGAGCUAGGCGACCAGAUCUCCGUCAUCAGCAGCGAGAAGCAGAAGAAGGGCGGCGGCCUCACGCACCAGCUGUCCGACGUCAGUCGCUUUGCCUCGGCCGGGUGGCACGCGGACAUCUCGUUCGAGCCCGUGCCGUCCGACUACGCCAUGCUGAAGAUCCACACGCUGCCUGCGACGGGCGGCGAUACGCUGUGGGCGUCUGGCUAUGAGAUCUACGAUCGCCUGUCGCCGGCGAUCCGCGCCUUGCUCGAGGGACUGACGGCCACGCACGAUGCAAAGUUCUUCCUGGAAGAGGCCGAGAGACUGGGCAACCCGAUUCGCAAGACCAUCAGGGGCAACCCGCUGAACUUUGGCGAAGCGCUGACGGCCGUCCACCCUGUGAUCCGCACAAAUCCGGUGACGGGCUGGAAGUCCGUGUACGUGAACAAGGGCUUCACCAAGCGCAUCAACGGCGUGACCCGCGACGAAUCGGACGUGCUGCUGGGCUACCUGUUCAACCUGCUCACGCAGAACCACGAUGCGCAGGUGCGGUUCAAGUGGCGGCGCAACGACCUCGCCAUCUGGGACAACCGGAGCACGUGGCACUGCGCCACGUACGACUACAGCGAUCCGCGAGCCGGCGACCGCGUGUGCAGUCUGGGCGAGGCCCCGUAUCUGGAUCGGGGGAGUCGGAGUCGCAGGGAGGAUCUGGAGGCGAGAGAGACGGUAGAGGCGGGUCUUGCCAUGGCGUAG